AAGAGCCAUUUCUCAGGCUGGGAAAUCCCUUAAGCACGCAACACCCACUUCACAGUCAAAGAACAGCAUUCCAGAGAACCCAAACUUUAGAACAGACACCUUUUAUUGUAGGCUCAUCGAUUAAUAGGACUAACAGCUGUUAUCCUGAAGCUGAAGGCAAAAUAUUAGCCAGGCUUCCCAAGUUCAACGCCACCUAAAAGAGAUAGCACGGACCUGCUGUAAACCCUACAAAAUGGCCGAUACAGACGAUGUGAUAGUGCUGAAUGUGGGUGGCACUCUCUACACCACGAUCAGGUCGACACUGACUCGCUACCCAGACUCCAUGCUCGCCUCAGUGUUCAGUGAGGGUUUCACUCCCCUCCGCGAUGCCAACGGUGCACUGGUCAUCGAUGGGGACGGACCCAUGUUCCGUCAUGUCCUGAACUUCCUCAGGCGUUCCAAGUUGAAUCUCCCGGAAGACUUCAAGGAUUGGGACCUGCUGGCCUCCGAGGCAGACUUCUACAAAAUCCCAGUCCUGAAAGAUGCGGUGUUGAAGGCACAAGCGUCGAAAGUUGGCCCGAAAAUGGAAUUUAUAGAAUUCAUUGAGGGUGCUAAUGGGCCGAACAGCUUCAAGUAUCGUGGCAGCUUGGAAAUUUUCAAGAAAUUCCCACAGUAUCUGCUCAAGAAUAAUUUCGACGUCAUUCGUGAAGGUGAUAGAAUUAUUCAGCGGCAUGUCGAUGAGAUCGAUUACUUCCUUGAAAAUCGAGGGGAGGUCAACGGAUAUUUCGGCCGUUUCGAAGGGUUGGAAUACAGUGAACCUGUGAAACUUUCAAACCUCAGCCACAUACCGCUUCCGAAGUUAUCCAAAAGAGACCCACCCAAUUGGAUGAAGAUAUUUCAGCACGCCACUGGGCUUGGCUUCGAGUUGCUGAGCACGUCGGUGAGUAAUGCCACGAAAUCAUGGCUUUUUGCAAGAAAACUCUGCCUACUCGUCAUGGCCGGAAUUGUCAAUCUCAACGUUGGCGGCUGCCUGUACACGACGAAUCUAUGGACUCUGAUCCGCUACCCGGACUCCAUGCUGGGCGCCGUGUUCGGCGGCAAACUCGAUCCGUCCGAGCGUGACGCAAACGGGGCCUAAGUCAUCGACGGGGACGGGCCAGUCUUUCGACACGUCCUGAACUUCCUACGGCGAAGCAGGCUGAUUCUUCCAGAGGACUUAAGCGACUGGGACCUGCUGGAAUCUGAAGCAGACUUCUACCAAAUUCAAGAUCUGGCAGCCGCGGUGUCGUCGCUCCAGAAAGAGAGGGCACG